AUGGUAGCCGGCAAAGCCUUGCAAUCAUGCGCGAGAAUAUCAAAAGGGCCGUCCAGACAUGCCAAUCUGGGAAACUUGCGCUUCUUUUGCACCAACUACUCGCGCCUGCAGUCGCAAACGCAGCAUCCAAGAGACCCCCAGCAGACCCCAACAGCUGACCAUGAAACGCAUUUUGGGUACAAAACAAUGACAGAACGAGAAAAGCAAGCGCGCGUGGCAGAGGUGUUCUCUGGUGUGGCCGAGUCGUACGACAAAAUGAAUGAUUUCAUGUCAUUGGGCAUUCACCGGCUGUGGAAGGAUUACUUUGUCUCGUCUCUCAACCCUGGGGCAACAACACCGCUUGGCCAACCGCAAAGUAUCCUCGACGUAGCCGGAGGCACCGGCGAUAUUGCUUUCCGCAUGGUCCACCACGCCAAUGUCCACCACGCCAACCCAAACAUCCACGUCACUGUAUCCGACAUCAACCCAGACAUGCUCGCCGUCGGCAAACAACGCUCGCUAUCUCUUCCAGCUGCGUUUCAAUCCUCCCUCUCCUUUCUUGAAGCCAAUGCCGAAAUGCUUCCGUCCGACAUCAAGGAUGACUCUCUUGACCUUUAUACAGUUUCCUUCGGUAUUCGGAACUUCUCCAACAUUCCAGCGGCGUUGAGAGAGGCCCAUCGCGUUCUGAAACCAGGUGGUGUUUUCGCCUGUAUGGAAUUCUCCAAGGUUGACAAAUAUCCCAUCUUCAACGCGAUAUAUAAGCAAUGGUCUUUCAGUGCUAUCCCGUUGAUCGGUCAGUUGGUUGCUGCCGAUAGGGACAGUUAUCAAUACCUGGUGGAAAGCAUCGAGAGGUUCCCUAGCCAAGAGGCUUUCAGGGAUUUGAUCAUUCAAGCUGGUUUCGCCGUGUCGGGAAAAGGUUACGAGAAUUUGACAGGCGGAAUAGCCGCUAUCCACAAAGGUAUCAAGCCACUCUAG